GGGUCCGAAGAGCGAGAGCGAGCGAGCGAGGGUCCGACGCAUUGAGCUUUUGGUGUUGCCUUUUUGUGUGAGUUGUUCCUAAUUUUUUUUUUUAUCGGAGGAUAGCGGGUGGGAGAGGCGGCCGGAGGGGAUGUGUGGAGGAGCGAUCAUCUCCGACUUCGUGGAAUCCACGGGCGGCCAGAAUCUCCCGCCACUGCCGGAGCUCUGCGCGGCGGAGUUCGACGCCAUCUUCGACUCCAUGGACUCCAAACCCCUCGUCCCCCAAGGAGGGUCGAUCGAGAAGACGAAGAGGUCGUCGUCGGGAGUUGAGGAGACGAGCGGGGGGAAGGGGCGGAAGAACGUUUAUAGAGGGAUCCGGCGGCGGCCGUGGGGGAAGUGGGCGGCGGAGAUCCGCGACCCGAGGAAGGGGAUGAGGGUGUGGCUCGGGACCUACAGCACCCCGGAGGAGGCGGCGCGGGCGUACGACGUCGCCGCGCUCGAGAUCCGGGGAAGUAAGGCCAAGCUCAACUUCCCGGACUCCGUCGAGGCUCCGAAGCCCCCGGAGGCGAAGAAGCAUCGCCGAGCGACGGCGGCGGCGACGGUGGAGAUGUCCGCUACGUCGUCUUCCUCCUCGUGUUCAGUCGCUAGUUCUUCGCCGUUGGAUGAGGCGUUGAGGGAGCGGAUGUCGAACCUGGAGACUUUCUUGGGGCAGGAGGACGAGGCGGUGGAGGGCGGUGGGGCGUACGAUCUCGGGCUGUGGGAUGACGUCCGCUGCACCCAGUGAUCGCGAUGGACGGCUCAGAUUUCACAUGGCGAUUUACGCUCCUUUGUUUUACUUUAUUAAGCUUGAACUCAGAAAAUAGAAAUAAUAGCACCGAUGUAAAUAUUUUCGAUAGACGGCUCAGAUUUCACAUGGCGAUUUUCGCACGUGUCUGUGCACUGAAAUUGACAUGUACGUCGGUGCACCUGCUAGGCAUCCUUUUUCUCGUUAAGCGUACACCUGCUCUCUCUUUUUUUUUGAUAAAAUCAGAUUUAUUAAAUUCAUGUAGAUCGGAGAAUAAAAACUGCAAAAAAAAAAAUCUGAAAAAAGUUUGAACGUGGCAGUUUAUAAAAUUAAAUUAUUUUUGU